UAUGCAUGGGGGGACAUGUUCCCAUCUUGUCACCCUUUACUUGAAGAGCAUCAUUCUCCCAUCAAUGUCGACCACCAGGUGACCAGAGACGAGUCUCUGGGAUCUUUACAUCUACAGGGCUUCGAUGAGAUCCAAACGGGCCACUUGAUGCUUAAAAAUGAUGGACACUCUGUCGCGCUUCACGUUGGCAGUGGCAUGUCAGUGAGCGGCGGAGGUCUUCCAGAUGUGUACCACACCAUCCAGCUGCACUUCCACUGGGGAGGCCCAGCCACUAACGGAUCAGAGCACACCGUGGACAGCCGCAGAUACCCGACGGAGAUACAGUACGUCAACAUGAAAGCCAUCCAUCUGAACCUGACAGAAGCUCUGGAGGACCCAACAGGACUUGCCGUUCUUGGAUUCUUCAUUGACGUUGACUACGCUGAUAAUGUGCACUUUGGACUCAUGUCACAAAAGCUGUCCUCUGUUGCUUUCAAAGGCCAGACUACUAAAAUCAAGCCAUUCCCGCUGAUGAACCUACUGCCAAGGCACAACAUGAGUCAGUAUUACCGUUAUUACGGCAGCCUCACCACCCCUCCAUGUUCUCAAGCUGUUGUCUGGACUCUGUAUGAAGUCCCCAUCUAUAUCUCCUGGUCCCAGCUGGCUCAGUUUACCUCACAGAUCUUCUUCACAGAGGAGGAUGCAGAGCAGGUGACACCUCUGCAGAACAACUUCAGACACAUCCACCCCACCUUCAGCCGCAUCGUCUCCAUGUCCAAAGAUGCCAAACUCCUCACAGGGAUGGCCAGUCGUGCCCUCGGGUCGGCUGUGUCGCUGAUUCAAAUCAUUCUUCUGGGAAGCUUCAUCUCUGGACUUUAACGCCACGUUAAGUCCAAAUAAUGAAACACUGAAACACCAAGCAAAAAUGGAUUCAUGUUUUUACCCCAUUUAGAUUAAGUUAAGAUCCAGCAAAGGAUAAUAUAAAACACACUGUGAAGAAAAGUACUGUAGAAUGUUGAACGUCACUAAAUGUUUCAUGAUUGUGCCCUGCUGUCUCUGCAGGAUUAACUCCAUUAGUGCAGACAAAUGUUGUUGUUGUUUUAAUUACUUGUUACUAACAGUUUAAUAUAAUGUGAGUAAAGCAUUUAAAUGUG